AUGCCUGGACAACAAGCACAGCAAUGGGUUCUGUCAAACCCUCCCCACGCGGACCCUGUUCUUGAGGGUGACAACGCUACAUUCAAGCUCGAGAACGUUACACUUCCUGAAGUCGGCGCCGACCAAGUCCUCGUCAAGACCCUUUACCUCUCGAACGACCCCGCUCAACGAGGAUGGAUCCAGAAAGGCAUGGAUCCGGAGCGUCUUUACGUUCCCCCUGUCAAGCAGGGCGAGGUCAUGCGCUCAUACGCCAUCGGUGAGGUCGUCGAGUCCAACGUCGACAGCUUGAAGAAGGGCACACUCGUCACCGGCUCGCUGGGCUGGACAGACUACACCGUCGUCAAGGCCAACGAGGUCCGCGCCGUUGCUGCCGACGAGAAGGCCGGCAUCCGCGUCACAAACUACAUUGGCUCUCUCGGCGGCCCCGGACUCACAGCCUACUACGGUAUAACCGACAUUGCGCGCGCGACAAAGGACGACACUGUUGUCGUUUCUGGUGCUGCAGGUGCUACCGGUAGCAUGGUCGUGCAGAUCGCGAAGCACCUCAUCGGCUGCAAGAAGGUCAUCGGUAUUGCUGGUGGCGAGAAGAAGUGCAAGUGGGUUGAGAGCCUCGGCGCAGAUGUCUGCAUUGACUACAAGUCCGCUUCGUUCAAAGAGGACCUCAAGAAGGCCACCGAGGGCUUCGUCGAGGUCUACUUCGACAACGUCGGCGGCGAGAUCCUCGACCUGAUGCUCUCGCGCAUCAAGCGCUUUGGUCGCAUCGCAGCGUGCGGUGCCAUCUCAACCUACAACGACCCCAACGCCGGUGUCAAGAACUGGUUCGAGAUCAUUGCCAACAGGAUCGAGGUUAGGGGCUUUAUUGUCAUCGACGCCAUGACCUCGGGUAAGGCUGGCGACAUGCUGGGCGCUAUUACACAGGGCAUCAAGGAUGGCAAGAUCAAGAUCGAUCCCGAGAGCGAGACUGUUGUGCCCACCAAGUUCGAGGACGUGCCUAAGACAUGGACAACACUGUUCUCCGGAGGCAACCAGGGCAAGCUCGUUACUGAGAUCAAGGCAUAG